CCUGGAGGACAAGGAGAACAGACACGUUUCUGGUGGUGUAGAAGGGACCGAUGGCAAUGCUUCAGAGUGUAGCGGAGACGCAGGAAAGAGAUUCAACCUGUUAACAAAAAAUUAAGCAGGGGGAAAAUACCAACGGGAAGGAAAGAGAUAUAUAUAUACACAUAUAUAUAUAUAUAUAUAUACAAUUUAGAAGUAUUCCCCAGGUGGCCACAAAGCAUGGGCUGUGCUCCAAGCAUCCACAUCUCUGACAGCAGAGUGGUCUAUCACAGUAGCAAAGAGUCUGAGGAGUGCAAUUCCCCUCACCAGACCAACACAACCAUGUCUCAACAGCAGCAAGGCAACCCCGUCCCAGGAUUAUUCAUUAAAUCCUCCAACACAUCCACUUAUAAGGUGAGGACUAAUUCCUCUAAGAAAGACAAGAGGGAGAACAGCCAGAGCAUGGAGGCAGAGACCCAGACCAGCAGAUCCAGUGUUAAGGCACCAGUAACGGAUGUGCAGUUUGGCCCUAUGAGACUUCAUCAAGAUCAACUUCAGGUACUUUUAGUGUUUGCCAAAGAAGAUAACCAGAGUAACGGGUUCUGUUGGGCAUGUGAGAAAGCUGGAUUUCGAUGUAAUAUUGCCAGGACACCUGAGUCUGCACUAGAAUGUUUUCUUGAUAAACACCAUGACAUUAUCAUUAUUGACCACAGACAUUCCAGAUACUUUGAUGCAGAAGCAUUAUGCAGGUCUAUCAGAACAACGAAACCCUCAGAAAAUACAGUCAUUAUUGGUGUAGUACGAAGGCAUGCUGAUCGUGAAGAGUCAUCAAUAUUGCCCCUGAUCUCUGCUGGCUUCACAAGGAGAUAUGUGGAAAAUUCCAAUAUAAUGGCCUGUUACAAUGAGUUGAUUCAGCUGGAAUUUGGAGAGGUGCGAGCACAAUUCAAACUAAGGGCAUGCAAUUCAUUAUUUACAGCAUUAGAGAAAAGUCAAGAAGCCAUUGAGAUCACAAGUGAAGACCAUGUAAUACAGUACGUCAAUCCUGCUUUUGAAACAGUGAUGGGCUAUCAAAUAGGUGAACUAAUAGGAAAGGAAUUAACAGAAGUGCCUAUAAAUGAAAAAAAAGCUGAUUUCCUAGAUACUAUUAAUUCUUGCAUAAAGAUAGGAAAGGAAUGGCAAGGAAUGUACUAUGCGAAAAAGAAAAAUGGAGAUAGCAUACAACAAAAUGUGAAGAUACUACCUGUCGUCGGACAGGGAGGAAAGAUUAGACACUAUGUGUCAAUUAGUAGACUGUGCAAUGACAACAAUAAGGUGGAGAAGACAUGUGAACGUGUUCAGGCUGAAUCUCAGACGGAUAUUCAGACUUGCAGACACAAAGACAGGAGGAAAGGAUCACUAGAUGUCAGAUCCACAACAUCACGAGGGAGCGAUGGCAGCUCACAAAGGCGGCACUCUUCUAUGGCCAGGAUACAUUCCAUGACUAUUGAAGCACCCAUCACCAAGGUAAUAAACAUCAUCAACGCUGCACAAGAAAGCAGUCCCAUGCCAGUUGCAGAAGCUUUAGACCGUGUGCUGGAGAUUUUAAGAACCACUGAAUUGUACUCUCCACAACUGGGGACAAAAGAUGAGGAUCCACAUACCAGUGACCUCGUUGGAGGGUUAAUGACAGAUGGUUUACGAAGAUUAUCAGGGAACGAAUACAUAUUGUCAGCAAAACAAACUCAUCAGGUCGCUGGCAGUUUGAUAUCUCCAAUCUCCCUCAAUGACAUACCCCCACGGAUAACACAGGCAAUGGAAAAUGAGGAACACUGGGAUUUUGAUAUCUUUGAACUUGAGGCUGCCACCCAUAAAAGGCCUUUGGUUUAUCUGGGUCUCAAAAUAUUUGCUCGCUUUGGAAUCUGUGAAUUCUUAAAUUGUUCAGAAUCAACUCUGAGGUCGUGGUUACAAGUUAUUGAAGCUAACUAUCACUCCUCCAACUCCUACCAUAAUUCUACUCAUUCAGCAGAUGUACUACAUGCCACUGCUUAUUUCUUGUCUAAAGAAAGAGUAAAGCAAACUUUGGAUCCAAUUGAUGAGGUUGCUGCACUCAUUGCUGCCACAGUCCAUGAUGUGGAUCACCCAGGAAGAACAAAUUCUUUCCUGUGCAAUGCUGGCAGUGAGCUGGCAAUUCUCUACAACGACACCGCAGUGCUGGAGAGCCAUCAUGCUGCCCUGGCUUUCCAGCUCACCACCCGGGAUGACAAAUGCAAUAUAUUUAAAAACAUGGAGAGGAAUGAGUAUCGAACCCUCCGCCAAGCCAUUAUUGACAUGGUCUUAGCAACAGAAAUGACAAAGCACUUUGAGCAUGUCAACAAGUUUGUCAACAGCAUUAAUAAACCCUUGGCAGCGCUAGAAGAAAAUGGGGUAACCAGGAAAAGCCAGGAGUCAAUCAAAACUGUACUCACGUCUCCUGAAAACCGUAUCCUUAUCAAACGCAUGUUGAUAAAGUGUGCUGACAUUUCCAAUCCAUGCAGACCCAUAGAGCAGUGUAUAGAGUGGGCUGGACGCAUCUCCGAGGAGUACUUUGCACAGACUGAUGAAGAAAAGAGGCAAGGUUUACCUGUUGUGAUGCCAGUUUUUGACAGAAAUACUUGCAGCAUCCCCAAAUCCCAAAUAUCAUUCAUCGAUUACUUCAUCACCGAUAUGUUUGAUGCCUGGGAUGCAUUUGCAGACCUGCCAAAUUUGAUGCAGCAUCUGGAUAAUAACUUUAAAUACUGGAAAGGACUAGAUGAAAGGAAGCUGCGGAGCCUUCGACCACCACCAGAGUAGCAAUUAGACCAUGUAUUACAGUAAGGCUAGCCCAUGCGCUUGGGGGACUUUCAAAUUCAAGAGAACAUGAGGUCAGC